ACUUAUCUGCCUUGUCGUACAGGCUGUUACUUCCUGUUGUUGAACUGUCUCCGAGUCCAUAUCAUAGUCGAUGUUGUGCUCGUCUUUGUCGCUGUUACCGUGCAAUGCUGCUACGGACCGGCCAAGUGAAAAGCACAAGAUCGAUAUUGAAGUCCCUACCGUGCAGGAUCUCUUGCGCAAGCUGACAGUCCUGUCGACAGAUCGCAAGACCGCCCACCUACGAAACUCCAACUACUCACUCGACCACCUUCCCUGCUUUGACCCCACCUACACACGUCCUGUCCGCUCAUACCACACAUGCUUGAUCAAGAUGCCUGUACCAGUCCCGUUUACUUCCAGAGUCAAAGGCGCCUUGGUUGGGCUUGCAGUCUGCGAUGCGUUGGGCGCCCCUGUAGAGUUCAAGAAGCGAGGCUCUUUCCCUGAGGUCAACACCAUGCUACCAAACGAGAAUUUUGGCACUCCGGCAGGAUCAUUCACCGAUGACACUUCAAUGGCUCUAUGUCUGGCCCAUUCAUUACUCGACAAUGGCGGUGAGACAAACAUCGCCGACCAGGUCAAGAAGUAUAUUGCGUGGUGGCAAGAAGGAUAUAUGUCGUCGACGACCGGCACAGCUUUUGACAUUGGUGCUCAAACCAAGGAUACUCUGACAGAAUGGUUCAAGUACCUCGAAGAAGAUUACGACAACCUUGAUCCUGACUCAGUAGAGGCCGAACAAGCACUACGUGGGAUGCAAAAGAAGGUCGCUGACAGCUACUCCAAAGAGCAGUGCUGCGGCAACGGCAGUCUCAUGAGAGUUCUCCCUGUGGCGUUGAUCGCACGAAGCGAGCCAGAUGUUGUUCGACUUGCAAAGGAGAGUUCACUCAUCACGCAUCCCCACCUUCGUUGUGCGCAGGCUUGCAUGGUCUAUUCUGCUCUGGUGUAUCAAACGCUGAACGGUGCCUCCAGGACUGAAAUGGCCAUCAGCUUGGCUGAGUCGAUCAACGACCCCGAUCCUCCAAACAACAUCACCGACUUUGCACUUGAGCCCGUCUUGCGGGAGCGUAUCGGUCGGUAUCAGAAGCUUGAAGAUUGGGAAUCUACACUGUCAGAGUCAAUACGCAGCACAGGAUAUGUGGUUGACAGCCUCGAAGCAGCUCUAUGGGCGUUCUUCAAAAGCGACGGUUUCGAAGAGGGAGCAAUCCUGGCGGCGAACCUAGGCGAUGAUGCAGACACGAUCGGUGCGAUAUAUGGAGGAUUGGCCGGUGCCUAUCAUGGUGUUGAGGCCAUUCCAGAAAAGUGGUUGAAAGACAUGAAAAAGAUGGAUAUUGUGAAUGAGGUGGUGGACGGAAUCCUCACUUAUCGAAAUCAAACCGUGUUGACAUAACACACACUGUCGCUCCGGAGGAGACGACCAAUAAAAGGCAAUGUGGGAUUUACCGUGAAUGUCCUCACCUAUAUUUUGCGUCGCCUUCAGAUUGGUCUCCUUUUCGUAGACCUCAUCGCCAUCGCCUUCUACUAGUACUCAUGCCCGGCCGACUAGUAUGACAUCAUAGCCUCGUUC